CUCACGUUAGGAUAGUCCCACGCGUUUUCACGACCCCGCAACCCUUCUCCUUCUUCGGCUGCGUACGGCCGUACGCUUGCCAAUCGGCGGCCGACAACUAUAAGAAAUCAAAGCUGGGAUGUACAACAUCCUAAGCGUGGAGUACUACUCGCUGCGUGUUGUUUGAUUGCUUUGGUGGGGAGUUUUGAAGAAUGGCCAAGCGGCAGCAGAGGGAGGAGGGAACAACUUCCUUUGACGACAGGCGUCCCAAGAAAUCGCCCUCUUUUAAAAGUGUGGUGCUGCAAGUAAUGAGCCUGUGCAAAUUGCAAAAUCUCAUGGAGCCGGUUUUGGAGCCUCUGAUUCGUAGAGUAGUGAAAGAGGAAGUGGACACAGCAUUAAGAAAAUAUAUUAUCAGCAUGAAAAGGAAUUGCGGGAAAGAUAUACACCACUCCGAAUCAAUGAGUCUACAGUUACAAUUCUUGAAUGCUAUAUCCCUUCCCGUUUUUACUGGAACUCGUAUUGAAGGAGAAGGAGGCACGAGCCUCGAAGUAGCUUUAAUCGACUCUGUUAGCGGGCAAGUUGUUUCGAGUGGUCUCGGUUCUUCUGCAAAGGUGGAGAUUUUGGUUCUUGAAGGCGAUUUUGAUGCCGAAGAGAAACAAAAUUGGACACUUGAAGAGUUCAAAAAUAAUAUGGUGAGAGAGCGUGAAGGGAAAAAGCCCCUCCUUAGUGGGGAUGUAAAUUUGACCCUUAAUGAUGGUAUGGGAUUGGUAGGGAAUAUUAUGUUCACAGACAAUUCAAGCUGGACAAGAAGUCGUAAGUUUAGGCUUGGGGCUCGAAUUUUGGACAAUCUUGGUGAGAUCAGAGUUAGAGAGGCAAGAUCCGAGCCGUUUAUUGUCCGAGAUCAUCGUGGAGAAUUGUACAAGAAGCAUCACCCUCCAGUUCUUGGUGAUGAAGUAUGGCGUCUGGAAAAAAUCGGCAAAGAUGGAGCUUUUCACAGACGGUUAAGGAAAGAAAGAAUAAAUACCGUGCAAGACUUCCUUAUGUUAUUCUUCUUAGACCCCACAAGGCUUCGGAAUAUCCUUGGGACAGGUAUGUCGGCUAAAAUGUGGGAGAUUACAGUGGAUCAUGCUCAGACUUGUGUACUCGACAAGAAAUUAUACUCUUAUGGCGAUUUGGAAACAAAAGGAGUCGUUUUUAAUGUCGUUGGGCAAGUGAUUGGAGUUUUCUCAAACGGCCAGUAUCUACCUUUUGAUAAGCUGUCUGAACCAGAAAAGGUUGAAGCCCGAGAGUUGGUUAUGGCUGCAUUCGGAGAUCGUGCGAAAGUAGUCACUUUAGACGGAGAGCCCUCCCGAGAUAUUCACACCUCAUCAUCAGGCUUAUCCAUUCUCCAAUCUCCCGAUUUUCCGCCAGCUGUCACUCACAACGAGGAUUUAGCUUCUCACAAGAUUGGCCCAUCGACCUACUUGGAACAACAAACUCCAUCUUUUCCAGACUAUGUCCAAUCGGUCUUUGACGACUGCUUGCAAGGUAUGGGCCCUAUCGCGGGCCUAAGGCCCGAUCAACUACAUAUGGGCUACACUGAUUCGAUUGGCGGAGGUUUUUUCUCAAACGAGCAAUUGCAGUACUUUGACGCCGAUUUUACCCUUCCGAGCGAUAUACACACCACCACCAACAUUGGUGCAUUUAUGCCGGGCUCGAUUCUUCCUGUGGAUAAGGGGCAAAAGGGGAAGUGGAAUGUCUUGGUAAGCGUGAUAAGGUGGUGUUGCUCGAUUAAAAGAAUUGUGGCGAGAAAGACUCGUGUUCGUGAGUUGCCGAGAUACUCUUGAGUUGAGCCGGAGAACAUUUUUCGCCGGGGAUUCUUUGAAGCUUUGUGCAGUUGAUCUUAUAUCUUGACAAAGAUCUUGUAGAUGUGUUGUGUAUAUACGGCUAGUAGAAUUUAGGUGAACUUGAAUUGGGUAUAUAUUUUGGUUGUGUGUAAAUUUUCAACUUGAAUUUUGUGAAUCUUUGAUGUGAGAGUGAAGUUUAUUAGGGGUGGUGAUUCUGGUUUUGAUCAAGGACGCCAUUCUUCCACACAGUUGGGUUGGUUUGAUUUGAUAAAUAAAUUUGUUUAAUUGAUAUGUUAA